AAUAUCAUGUUCUCUCAUCUUGCGCUCAUCUCUCAAACUAUAACACAAGAAUAAACAAAACAAGUCUUCGUCUUCUUGUUAUUAGUCAUGGACGUCGUGAGACCAACGGUUGAGAUUCCACCUCGAAAACUUCUAUUGUCCUCCAAGUCUUUUUCAGGGGAGGCUUCCCCUCGUUCUUCGCCGCGUAAACAUAACUGGAACAACAAGAGCAACAAGAUCUCUACAUCUGAACAAGGAGAGGACAGCUUCAACGAAGACAACACCAACAACAACAAAGAUACUAAAGAGUAUUGUUAUGAUUCCGACACCGAUGAUCCUUACGCGAGCGACCAUUUCCGUAUGUUCGAAUUCAAGAUCCGACGUUGCACCCGUAGCCGAAGCCACGACUGGACUGACUGUCCCUUUGCUCAUCCCGGAGAGAAAGCUCGCCGCCGUGAUCCUCGUAGGUUUCAAUACUCGGGUGAGGUUUGUCCCGAGUUUCGUCGUGGUGGUGAUUGUAGCCGUGGAGAUGACUGUGAGUUUGCUCAUGGAGUCUUUGAGUGUUGGCUCCAUCCUAUUCGUUACCGUACUGAGGCUUGUAAAGAUGGUAAACACUGUAAGAGAAAAGUAUGUUUCUUCGCUCAUUCGCCACGUCAGCUUAGGGUUCUUCCGCCGGAAAAUGAUUCCGGCGGCUCAUCAGCCUCUGCGUCUCCUGCCAAGAAUCAGAAUCCUUGCUGUUUGUUUUGUAGCGGUUCUCCGACGAGUACUCUUUUGGGUAACUUGUCUCAUCUUUCUCGAUCUCCCUCCUCAUCUCCACCUCUUUCUCCGGCUCACAAAGCUGCUGCCUUCUCACGGCUGAGGAGCUGCGCCGCUUCUGCUGCAGCCGCUGGAUCGGUUAACUAUAAAGAUGUUUUAAACGACCUUGUUAAUUCGUUGGAUUCUAUUACCCUAGCGGAAGCCUUGCAGGUGAGUUCCCCUUCUCCUUCGCCUGUUUCUGCGGCAGCUGCGGCGUUUGCAAACGCCUCGUCCUGCGGUUUGAGCACUCAGCGUCUCCAUAUCCAACAACAGCAACAAAGCAGUCCGUUACAAUUCGCCCUCUCGCCUUCCACUCCAAGUUACCUAGCCAACUCACCUAGGGCAAGCUUCUUCAGCGAUGAUUACACUCCUCGCCAGCGAGAAGUGAAUGAGUUUACACCUGCGGCGGUUAGGGACAAGACUAGGUUUGAGGAUGGUUCUUGUGGCGACCCUGAUAUUGGAUGGGUGAAUGAUCUCUUGACUUGAUAGAUCCACGAAUGUAUAUUCUGGUGGAGAUUAAUUUACGUUCAUGAAUCAUGGGGAAAAAUGAUCAGUGUCAACGGUUCCCUCAGUAUGCAUGGAGGGAUUGUUGUUGAAAUUUGUUUUCGAGAUUUUAUUGUUCUACGGAUCUCCAGGAGAGCUAAUUAAGAAUCGUCUGUAUUGUCUUUGUUUCUAGAAUUAUAUCUUUUUGGUUGGAUUUUACCCAAUAAUAUGUUUGAACUUGUAUCAUGUGGACUCGGAUUGUAUAAUGUUUCACUAUUUCUAUGAAUAUUUUCGCUUCGGUGUA